AUGCAAAUCUUCGUAAAGACAUUGACAGGCAAGACUAUUACUCUUGAAGUCGAACCUUCAGAUACCAUUGAAAAUGUGAAAGCCAAGAUUCAAGACAAAGAAGGCAUUCCACCUGAUCAACAGCGAUUGAUCUUUGCUGGUAAGCAGCUUGAAGAUGGUCGCACCCUCAGUGACUACAACAUUCAGAAGGAGAGCACACUUCACUUGGUCCUCCGUCUCCGCGGUGGUAUGCAAAUCUUCGUGAAAACGUUGACAGGCAAGACUAUUACUCUUGAAGUCGAACCUUCAGAUACCAUUGAAAAUGUCAAAGCAAAAAUUCAGGAUAAAGAAGGCAUUCCACCUGAUCAGCAACGUCUCAUAUUCGCAGGCAAGCAGCUUGAAGAUGGUCGCACUCUCAGUGACUACAACAUCCAGAAAGAGAGCACACUUCAUCUUGUGCUCAGACUUCGUGGUGGUGCUGAUCUUUGA